CCCAACCCAACCCAUCCACCUCUCUCUCUCUCUCGAACUACACUCUCUCCACCCCCAUAACACAACAAAACAAAACAAAACAAACACUAUGCCGUCGAAACUAGCCGAUGCUUUCAGAUCCCACCCAGUAGACAUCCAACCAAAAAACCUCCACGACUUAAAAGAGCUCCCGGACUCCUACCGAUGGUCCGCCGACCAGGACCGACCAGAACCCGAACCGGUCCAUCACGAACCGGUGCCCGUGAUCGACCUCUCGGGCCCGAACGCGCUGGAGGAAAUCGGCCAUGCAUGCACAACGUGGGGAGUGUUUCAAGUCGUCAACCACGGAGUCCCCGCCGCCGUCCUCGACCGGAUGGAGGACGUCGCCAAGAGUUUCUUCAGCCUGCCGGCUCACCAGAAGCUCAAGGCGGCCCGGUCACCCGACGGGAUCUCCGGCUACGGCUUGGCCCGGAUCUCCUCUUUUUUCCCAAAGCUCAUGUGGUCGGAAGGCUUCACCAUGGUUGGCUCCCCGUUGGAGCAUUUCCACACAAUUUGGCCUCAUCAUUACACCCGAUUCUGUGACAGCGUAGAAGAGUACGAGAAACAAAUGCAAAAUCUGGCACAAACGUUGAUGUGGCUAAUGCUUGGUUCCCUUGGGAUUACAAAGGAAGACUUGAAUUGGGCUAAUAAUAACAGCAAUAGCACCACCACCACCCCAAGAGGUGGACCAAAGGAAGAGGCUGCUGGCUCCACCUCGGCCGCGAUCCAACUGAACCACUACCCGGCAUGCCCCGACCCAGACCGAGCCAUGGGUCUCGCCCCACACACAGACUCCACCCUCGUCACCAUCCUCCACCAGAGCAACACCAGCGGGUUGCAGGUGCUGAGGGCCGGCGGAGGGACUGGAGGAUGGGUCACGGUCCCUCCGAUUCGAGGCGGGCUGGUCGUGCACGUCGGCGACCUGCUCCACAUACUGACCAACGGGUUGUGCCCGAGCGUGGUCCAUCGGGCCGUGGUUAACCGGGACCGGAACCGGAUAUCGAUUGCCUACCUUCAUGGCCCACCUUCGAAUGUGAGAAUCUCGCCCGUGCAAAAACUUGUGGGGCCAAGUCAACCUCAAAUGUAUAGGGCAGUGACUUGGAGCGAGUACCUAGGCACCAAGGCCAAGCACUUCGACAAGGCUCUUUCUUCGGUUAGGUUGUGUGCUGCUGCUGAGGCAAAAGAUCACAACAACAACAAUAAUAAUAAUAAUAAUGAAGUGCAAGUUGGCUAAGCCCAGCUGCCUAGUAGCUACACAGCACAACUUUCCAUUCCAUUAGCAAAAAUCAAAUUUUGUCCUCUCCUUCGUUUUCCCCUUUGUCUCCUUUAUUAUUAUUUUUAGUUUUUUCGCUUUAAUUUUGGCUCUUUAUUGGAUUGGUUUUUUUGUAAGCAUAUGAGUUAUGUUAUGACAUGUACAGUUCUCCCCUUUUUC